AUGUCUUCAGGAGAAAUAUCUAAAGAAAGUGAGAAGAAAACUUUGAAAUUGCCGCUGGUCGGAGAAGCAAGUGUUUCUGCUUUUGAGGAAGAAACGCCGGUUCUUUCAGGAUUUUCUCUACAAGAUCCUGCAAAAGUUACUCGAACUGGUUCAACUAGCUCGGAAAGUUCCUGGACAGAAAAGUUGCUUAAUUCGUUGAAGUUUAGAAAUCCAGGACCGAUGCUUAAAGACUUUAACCCAGACACAAGCAGACGAGAAAUGAGGAAACUAAAACGGCUGGAUAUGAAAGAUAAGCACAAGGGGAACCGGAGCGACCCCACGAGCCGAACAAGAAGAAGACAGCAGCGACAACGAAAGCGACCACAGAAACAGACAUUUCAUGAUCGAUCAGGCGUUCGAAUGUCUGACGGCAGAGAUGUUUGUGAUUGUCAGGAUACAGACUGCCCGGGAUGUCAUUUCCCGUGUCCCUCGUGUGGAUCAGAAAAAUGCGGCAUUGAAUGCCGCUGUGAUCGCCAGUGGACUUAUUUGAAGGACAUAGAAGUCGAAAAUCCGCUGCCCAGUGUGUCUCGUAGAUUAGCAAAUCGAUAAAUGACUUGAAUGAGUAGAUAUUAUAAAGUAUUUAAAACAAAAAGUAGCGAUCACGGAGCGAGCUACUGUCGCGUACGCGCGUGUCAAUCCCGCGUGAAAGAAAGAAUGACACACGACUCACUAAUCCCUUGGCAAAGAGUACUGGCAAUCUAAUUACUUAGAAAUUCUGUGUAUAGAUUAACAUUUUGCUAUGUUGUAAGAAAAUAACAUAGAGAUAUACUAAAUUAUUUAUUUAUUUACCAGCUUUUCUGGACACAGGCUGUGCAUGAACGGGACUCAGGUCCCAUGCGAGGUGCCAUCCCUACCCAAUCCCACAACCCGUAAAGGUUGGCCACACCACUGGGGUCUACGACUCCUACUCUUUUCGAAUAGUGAUGUGGGUUCUUUUAUGUCCCACGAGAACAAAUCAGUGAAAGUGCUGUGAGACAGGACCUACGGUUUUUCGUCCUUAUCCAAGAAGACUAGAAAGUCUAACCAUUUGCAAAUAUCAUUACAAAGGCAGGACUUUCUUCUCAGUUAUUUAAAGACCCUGAGUGUUGGUCCGGCCGGGGUUUGAACCUGUGCCCUCCCGCUCUCCCAACUGAGCUAAUCAGGCGGCGGUUAAAUGACAGUGCUCUACUAAGAAUACACCAUUUAUGUAGCAGCCAGUUACAAGAGUCCUGACAGACAAAUUGACAGUAAAUUACUGCAUUAGAAAGAAUGCAUUAAGAAGAAAAAUUGUAGAGGACUUUUAAUUUAUUGUAUGCUCCGCGAUUUUUAAACAUUUCUUUCUCAAUUCCUGGAAUGGAAAAUUUCAAACCCAAAAAAAAUCACUCAAUUAUGCCUCUUAACCUUAACCCCAAACUGCCCCUCUCCCUUACUGUGGGUAUUUAACAAUAAAAAUUACAUUUAGCACACAAGUUCUAUUAAUUUUUUUACAAGAACUGAAUGAAUCCUCACGUGCUGAUUGGUCCAGAGCUAUGGUCUAUGAGAGUAUAGCGCACUAAUGACGCAUCAUGUCACGCAGUGCAGCUUCUUUGUUUUUGGUUUUUCGUAAAAAAAAAAACGUUAUUGUAAAAAACAAAUCGAUCACAAUUUUCCAUGGUCUGCACUCUUAUAGACUAUAGAAAUGAUGCCAUAAAUGUUCAAAAUUUUGCAGUGAAACCACUCGCCUGCAGCCCGUGGAUCCACUUAAGUUUUUGAACAUUUUAUGACGUCCUUUCUGUGGUCUAUAAGAGUGUAGACCGUGGAAAAUUGUGGUCGAUUUAUUAAGAGGACGCUGUAACCGUCUGUGGCUAGAGAAAACUCUACAUUUUUCAUUUGGCCAUUUACGAUUUGAGCCACGAAGUGAUGAAACUAUGGCCGUGGUAUCUUCUUCCUUACUUACUUUACUGUAAGACCGUGACAUCAGCCCCGAGAAUCAAUAUUCAUACUUUUUUUCUUAUUUCCCUGACAUAAAUGAGAUUUAUCUCGCAAGGAGCCGCGCGCAUCUCACGCGUGGAUCGGGCUGCGUGAUUCUCGGUAAACGAAAAAGGCCUGGCCACCAAGGCCACCAAGGCCAUCAGACUGAGCGCAUGCUCAUUUCGUUCUCUAUCGCUUCGAUCGCCAUCUUGGAGAAUAAAAGUGAGUGUUGUCUUUGCAAUCCACAAGAUUUUUUAGCCAUCGAGUUGUCAGCCUUUGAUGUCUAAGUCAAAAAUAAAUGCUGAAACUGUAUUCUAUCUAAAAUUUUCCAUAUUUUUGUUUUUACCAUAAUAGUAAGCCUUUAUUUAGCUUGUUACGUAGGGACACUUGUCUUCAAGCACAUAGAGGACUAUUUUCUUGUUUUUAUUUAAACUCUGUUAGGUAAAGUUGCAGCAGUAAAAAUUCUUAGGAAUAAUUUGCUACUUCUGCUUUUGUGCACGAGUUUAAGUCAUGUCUUGAGGUGUUUCGAGUCGCAAUAAUCGUUUAUACAGCGACUGUUUGCCCUUUGUAGGAUGUUGAUUCCCAAGAAAAACAAGGUUCAAAUAUACGAAUACCUCUUUAAAGAGGGUGUUGCAGUGGCGAAAAAGGACUUCAACAACCCAAAACAUCCCGAUAUCGAGGCUGUUCCAAAUCUUCAAGUUAUAAAGGCUAUGCAGGUACAUAAGCUCAAGCUUAAACCUUCUACACAUAGAUGAAUACUUAUGAAAUAAAAUGUUAUAAAACUGCAUUCUGGACUACUGUCAUGCCUUUUUACAGGGAUAGGUUACCUAAAAGUCUCUGCCAGAUAACUAGGUCUGUCCCUUUGUUGUAUAAAGUAAAAAUAAAAUAAAGACCAUUAUUGUAAUGAAGAUGAAAAAGUUAAGCUCAAGGCUGGAAAAAAGUGCCAAUACUGUUUCUUAAUUUCCCCAAAAUGUACGGAGAAAGUGUUAAGGGUAUUACUGUCAUAUCAAGAAAACUGUGAACACCUGAAAUAUUUCAGGAAUGUUUAUUUUGUUAUGACCAAUCCAGACUGUUCAAGGUUUUGAGUAUGUUCAGUUGGGAUGUUUUUUCAUCACCAACAAAUCAAGCAAGCACCAAAGGGAUGAACCACUAGUGGGGUGUGGGGGCAUGCUCCCUCAAAAGUGUUGAUGCUCUGAAAUGCCAUUUCUAGUGUUCUGAGAGGACAAUUUCUGUCUAAAAUGUUUGCUUAAUAUUUUUGAUUGUCAUUUUUGUGCUGUUUCUAUUUGCCUGGCUUUUUGUACAAGUACUUGAUAAAUUAUUAUUUUAUGUUCCGUGCUGCAUCUUAAAGUUUGUUGGAUAUCAGUUUCAGUUAAGUAUUCUCUGUUACGCAUUCUUGAAUAAGUAUCAUGAGUAUUCAUUUGAAAAAUUAAUAUAAGAACAGAUGUCAAAAUAUAAAAACACAAUAACAUUCCAUUCAGUUUUCUGAGUUGUACCAUAAGUGUGUGCUUACGUUUCUAUUGACUCUCUUGCUUUCUCAGUCACUAAGGUCUCGUGGAUAUGUCACGGAGAAGUUUGCCUGGCAGCAUUUCUACUGGUACCUCACAAAUGAUGGUAUGCACUUACCCUUCAUAUGAAGCAGUUUUAAGUUCUGUUGUUGUUGUUUUUGCAUGUUAUUCAUGGUCUUUCUCUUGAUUUAAGGUAUCACAUAUCUCAGAGAUUACCUUCAUCUCCCCCCUGAGAUUGUUCCAGCUACCCUUCGCCGACAGGCCAGGACAGAGACCUCUAGACCCAGACCUAAAGGUACUCUCUUUUAACCCUUUAAACCCUAAGAUCAAAAUUUGAAUUUUUAUUUGUUGUCCCUAUUCAUUUCCUACAGAAGUAGUGGGGAGAAGGUGAUAAAAUAUCUAGCAAUUUCAUCUUCUGAGAUCAUGUCUGUAUUUCUCAUGACCUCUUUGAUAUUACGGAGAGAAAUUUGAUGCUGAUCACUCUUGGGGUUUAAUGAGUUAAAAACAUUUUAUAAUCAUCUGAAUUUUCGGGAUCACCUGAUUAGUUUCUGUGUUGAGACAGCCAAGAUGAUCAUUUGUAAACAGAUUUGAUACAAUGUUUGACAUUGGAGUAUAUUUCAUUUUUAUUCCAACCCCGUCCCUCUUCCCCCCCCCCUCCUCCUCCCCCUUAAAAAAUCCACUGUCUCUUACUGUACUAAUGAUCUAGUAAAAACUAUUUUGUUGGGGGGCAGAAGUAGAACAGUGGAUCAAUCGCAUUCCUUUUUCCUUAUGCCAACAAUAUGGUUUUCACAAGAUCAUAAGUGGGAUGGAAACUCUUUUCACUUCUAUUCUGACUCUGUUGUAAUUGGAAAUGAGCUUUAACACUUCUUUCACAGUACUACACUGUACAAAGUGGUAUCAUUCACCGCUUUCAGAGAGCUAGGGUGGCGCAGUGUUGAGACCGCUCUCUUCCCACCAAUGUGGCCUGGGUUCAAACCCCAGUGUCGAUGCCUCAUGCAGGUGGAGUUUGCCAUUGGUUCUGUCCUUGCUGUAAGAAGUUUUUUCUCCAGGCACUCUGGUUUUCCCUUCUCAAAAACUAGUAUUUCCAAAUCUCUAUUCAACCAGGAAUGGUAGGCGAAGAACCACUUUGUGGAUUUUCUAUCUCUAAAUCAUUAUCUGUUUCUUUUAAUUUUUUUGUUUUCUUUUCCAUUGCCCACAAUACACUUUGCCUGGCCCUGCCUCACCCUCCACCCCAUCUCAAAUUUUGCAUUUAUAACCAUUAUUUCCAGUUUCCCUUGGGUAUUAUGGUCAUUCCAAGAGGAACUGAAGUUGCUUGUGCAAAAUUUUGGGGGCUAAUGAGUAUAUAUAUAUUAUGGGUAGUGGAAAGUGGUGAAUUAAAAAUUUUUCCAAUUUAAAAUUUCUUGCGCACACUGUUCUUCCAGGUCCUGAACAGCCUCGUGGCCCCCCCUCUGGAGACUCUGCAGACCGGGAUGCUUACAGACGUGGUCCCGCUGGGCCAGGAAUGGAACCUAAAGGAGGCGCGGGUUCAAACUUUAAUCCUGAAUUUGUAAGUUAGUUUUGUGUCUUUCAUAGUUCUAGUGUUUUAUUUUUGAACUUUGCUAUAGCUAAUUUCCCUGGUGUCAUUGAGUAUUAGCAGCACUCAGUGAUUUAAGCAUUAUUGAGACAUUGUAAUUGGACAGUAUGCGUAAGGCCUGAGAACUUACAAAGUGUGUGUCAUCAAUCCAGUCUAUGUGUUUUGACAACAACAACAACAACAACAGGAACUUUAUUCUUUGUACAAAAAUACAAAGUUUGGAUAGUUUGCCCUGCAAAUAGCUGGAAAGCUAGUGGUGGCAGGGCAAGACAAGUACAUGAAUAAUACAAUUAAAUAACAAAAUCAAAAGCCUUCAACUAUUAGAAACCCUUGCAGAUUGCAACUAAAAAUAAAUUAUACACAGAAGUUAAGUGGUCUAAUUAACAGAGCGCUUACUGAGGUACAAUGCAUUAGGUCAAAGAGUCACUGACUCAGUUGUUCUUGAGUUGGUUUUUGAUUUUUGUAUAUUAAUUGGCCAUUCCCAAGGAAAGCACAAGUGACCUCUUAAUAAGGUCACCACUCACUAAAAGAUUCUUUUUGAAACAUGUUACCGACAAGUUUGUUUGCCAGGACUUAUGUAACUGGCUGCUAAAUCAGUGAUUUUGUUACAAAUAGUUAUGGUGAGUCUGGGCAUUCACCUUGUGAAAAAUCAUGAGCCCCUAGUGUCCAUAACCAAUGAGUCCCAGUUGAAAAAAACAAGGAUUCAUGCUUGGGCCUUUGUGUAACCAGACAGUUAAAGGGGCUAUGUCACUCCUGACGCAUGCGCGAGCCAAUGAAAACAAAUUUGAAAAGCUGGCCCGACUUUUUCAAGUUCUGUGAGAGAUUUUGGAAGGCUGUUUUUAUCUGUCUAAAUCUCAGCCAACGUUUGAUAGUUAGCAAAGUUUUGUAUUAAGAAUCGUUCUAUGGUGAUUACAGAAGAAUUUUUUGGCAUUAUUUUGAAUGUUUGCCCGUAGAAUUUUUUUACGUGGAUUUAUAGUGUCCUCUUAUUGGCGGCCAUUGUAAUGGCAGAGAGUUAACGACAGCUACUCCACAAUAAGUGAUGGAAUCUUUGAUGGAAUCUUCCCUAUACUUCACAGAACCUUUCGGUUGAGUUAUUUUAGAGGCUGCUGACUCUUGGAUUUCUUUUGUGCUCAAAGUAUGUGGACAUAUAAUGAAGCGGCUAUCAAGUUGGCGGUGGCUGUUUUUUUUAAAUGAUUACAACAACAUGGCCGUGAGUUUCGUGACGAAACUAAACUUCUGGCGAAGGAAACUUAAUAAAAUUGGGCUAGAUUCCUUCUUGUAUUUAUCUUGAUUCACGGCAACGAUAAACACGACUGUUUGCUUGUCCAGAUUGUUCUCAACGGACUUAGAGAGGCACCAGUAUGAGUUAGAUCCUGUAAAUGCCAUGUUUUUUAACUGUUGGUGUUUGAGCAUAUCUUUGGAAAAUAGCAGAGUUUACUUUCCCUUUUUAUCCACGGACUGCUUACAGUGGAGUAGUAUACCAAUGAUGCUUGGUUCUGUUUUUGUAGACAUCGCAGUGAUUCGGCAUGAUCGAACAAUUUUGUGCGAGCAAUGUGUGUUUCCCUGAGAUCAAAACAAAGACUUGAUGUUUCUUGUUCUGUCAGCAUCUAAAUUAUAAAAUCAGUAGUGACAGAUAAGUCUAAUUGUUAAUGAUUUGAAACAGUCUUGGUCUUUAUCUCUGGUCUAGCGUCUUUUGUAGGUUGUUUAUAAAAUAAAACUUAUUUUGUUGACUAAGACAAUUAUGUUGUUGUUGACUCUUUGUUUGUGCUCUAUUUUUAUGAAUGGCAUGUGUUUUUACUUCAAAACUACAAGUAAAAUUGUCUUAACACUUUUAUUCUUGAUCUAGCAUAACCGGAGAAGAAAUGUUCCAUAAUUUCUAUCGAAAUAUCCCUUAUGCAAACCCAAUUCACUUUUUAACUUCUCUCUAAAAUUUGGAGCCUUGGAUGUGACAGAGAGCAUGGAGAAAGUCAGACACGCAUUAAAAACAAUAGAAUUUUGACAGUUGAAAGUAAUUUGCAUAAUGUCAGUGCGCAUGCUCUCCAGCUGACAUAGCCCCUUUAAUCUGGAGCCAGAUGCCAAAACUCUUUAUUACAGUUAACUGAAAUUAAAAUAUGGUCCUUCCACAUGUAUUUAAAGCACACAAACGACUAAAAUGAAAAUGCAUCUUUAAACAACAGCCACAGACAUCACACAAACAGGAUAUUCUACCACAAAAUCUUCAAAUCAAUCAAUUGUUCUCUGCGUCCUACAGGACGCAUGCCAUGAAUAUUAUUUUGCGUCUUUGGGCAUUUUUAUGCAUCAGGUAUGCAGGACACAGAGGUAACAAAAUCACUGUAAAUGGCACUCUGUUUAAUACAGAUGCAACCACGCCAUAGUUUUUUUCAGAGUGAUUUACAUACAUACGUCAUUGAAAGGUCUUUAACAAAAGCUUUUCUAGAGCCAGUGUAAACCCUUUUAUUCCUUUUUUGUGAUGUGGCUUACAAAUUGAAGUACAUUCCUUUUUCCUUUUUAUACUCACUCGAUUAUUUUCUUCUUUUUCACAGAGAGGUGGGUUUGGCCGUGGUCGUGGUGGAUUUGGGGCUCCACCCCCACAACAAUGAACAAAGCAUUGUCAAGCAUUGUUAA